AUGGCUCGAACCAAGCAAACCGCCCGCAAGUCCACUGGAGGCAAGGCUCCCCGCAAGCAAUUGCAUACUAAAGCAGCCCGCAUGAGUUGCCCUAACCAUGUAGGAUGCAAGAAGCCCCACCGAUUCCGCCCUGGAACUGUCGCUCUCCGUGAGAUCCGUCGCUACCAAAAGAGCACCGACCUCCUCAUCAGCAAGCUUCCUUUCCAGCAUCUUGUGCGUGAGGUUGCCCAAGACUUCAAAGCUGAUCUUCGAUUCCAAGGAUCAGCACUCCUUGCUCUCCAGGAAGCGUCGGAAGGAUAUCUGAUUGGACUUUUUGAGGAUACUAACCUCUGUGCCAUCCAUGCCAAGCGCGUCACCAUCAUGCCCAAGGACAUCCAGCUCGCGCGCCGCAUCCGGGGAGAGCGAGCCUAAACACCACAACUAGUACCAUGUUGGGAAGUCGACAGCCUAUACUACCAUCAUCCUACGAAUUCGAUGACACCAAGAGUCUCUGGUUGGGGCAAUUCUCAGGUUGGGGGCCGUCACUGUAGUAGGGAAACCAUUUGUGCAAUGGCUACAUUAGCCAUUCUGUAAUUUGAAAUAAUAUUAGAACUCUCAAAGAAACAUCAGCAGCUCUCUCUCUCUCAUAACUAUUACUUAUUAGCCUGUAGAUGCCCCACACCACCAACAAUAACAUUAUAGAAGUACUGAAACAUUAGCCAUCUCUUUGAC